UCCGUGCGUGGUGACGUAUGACGUUCUGUGCGUGGUGACGUAUGACGUUCUGUGCGUGGUGACGUCACUUCUCGUGGCCGGGGAAGAAGGGGGAGAGAAGCCGAGUUCGGACUGCGCGCCUUCUCCGCCCUCCGUUGUUUGGUUAUCGAGGCUGAGAAAAGAACAACAACAACAACUCUUCACACACGCGGCGUGGUGGGAGAAUGGCGCGCUACGAGAACUUGGAUUUCCCUUACUGCGACGAGGUGUCCAAGUAUGAGAAGCUGGCGAAGAUUGGCCAGGGAACGUUUGGGGAGGUGUUCAAAGCUCGACACAGAGUGACGGGCAAGAAGGUGGCUCUGAAGAAAGUGCUCAUGGAGAACGAGAAAGAAGGGUUCCCCAUUACAGCGUUAAGGGAGAUCAAAAUUCUCCAGCUUCUCAAGCAUGAAAAUGUUGUUAACCUCAUUGAGAUUUGCCGCACUAAAGGUGAGCAAGAAACAGCGACACAAUACAACCGCUACAAGGGAAGCAUCUACUUGGUCUUUGAUUUCUGCGAGCAUGACCUUGCCGGGCUUUUGAGCAAUGCCAAUGUGAAAUUUACACUGUCGGAAAUCAAGAAAGUCAUGCAGCAAUUGCUUAAUGGCUUGUACUACAUCCACAGGAACAAGAUCCUGCACAGAGACAUGAAAGCUGCGAACAUCCUGAUUACACGCGAUGGUGUACUCAAACUGGCCGACUUUGGGCUGGCGCGAGCCUUCAGCAUCGCCAAGAACGGCCAGAGCAACCGCUACACCAACCGCGUGGUGACGCUGUGGUACCGCCCGCCGGAGCUGCUGCUGGGAGAGCGAGACUAUGGGCCCCCCAUAGACAUGUGGGGAGCCGGGUGCAUCAUGGCGGAGAUGUGGACUCGAAGCCCGAUCAUGCAGGGCAACACCGAGCAGCACCAGCUCACGCUCAUCAGCCAGCUGUGUGGGUCCAUCAAUCCCGAGGUGUGGGCCGGCGUCGACCGCUACGAACUCUUCCAGAAGCUUGAGCUGCCCAAGGGCCAGAAGCGUAAGGUAAAGGAGCGGCUCAAGGCCUACGUGAAGGACCCAUACGCCCUGGACCUCAUCGACCGCCUGCUGUGCCUCGACCCGGCGCACCGCACAGACAGCGACGACGCCCUCAACCACGACUUUUUCUGGACCGACCCCAUGCCCUCUGACCUCAAGUCCAUGCUGUCGGCGCACAACACCUCCAUGUUUGAGUACCUGGCACCGCCGCGCCGUCGCGGGCAGGUGCCACAGCAGGGCGCCAACGCUGGGCGCAACCCCGCGGCCAUCCAGUCCGAGUUCGACAGAGUCUUCUGAAACGUCGUCAUACAAGUUGCCGUGGGGGUUUUCUUUCGGGAACUGCGUCUCUUUUGUUUUACCUGAAGAUUCAAGAGCUACUCUUCAAAUGCGCCACCGUGGAAUUCGCGAUGGACGAUUGGAAUCCGUUGCAACCCGGAUUUACGUAUGCUGAGCGUAUUGGCGGACUGACUGUUCAAGUUUAACAUACGUUCCGGCUUGCUUUUGCCUCGAUUUAUAUUUUUGCGCACACCAAUGUAAGUAUGGUUAGUAAUAAAUAUGGAUGUUUGCUCACCUCAA